GCCAUCUUGAUGGGCUAAAUAACAGUGCUUCGGUUGUGUUUACGUUCCGAAUCGGGAAUUAUUCCGCUGGUUAUGGAAAUAAUUGUCGACUUUUCAAUUAGAAUUAGCCGCUGUGUAUUGGCGGUGACUUAAAGUCGUCAGUUUUGCAUAGAAGGACGAAGAUUGUAUUGUGUGUAAAGUUGUGAACGGACAAAGGCGAAAAUGUUCUACGCGCACUUUGUGCUGGCCAAAAAGGGCCCCUUGGCUCGAAUUUGGCUCGCCGCUCACUGGGAUAAAAAACUCACCAAAGCUCAUGUAUUCGAAACAAAUAUCGAGAAGUCCGUGGACGGUAUUCUACAACCAAAAGUGAAAAUGGCUUUGAGAACUUCUGGUCAUCUCUUACUUGGUGUGGUUAGAAUUUACUCAAGGAAAGCCAAAUAUUUGUUGGCCGACUGCAAUGAGGCUUUUGUUAAAAUUAAAAUGGCCUUUAGGCCUGGCAUGGUGGACUUACCUGAGGAACAUAGAGAAGCUGCAGUUAAUGCCAUCACACUUCCCGAAGUUUUUCAUGAUUUUGACACCACAAUGCCUGAACUCAAUGAUGUGGAUAUUGAGGCUCAAUUCAGCCUGAACCAAUCCCGCGCAGAAGAAAUUACGAUGCGUGAGGAUUAUGGCAACAUCACAUUGGUGACAAACGACGAUGGUUUUGGCGACAUGGGCUUUGAUACAGACCCUCCUGAUCUUAUGCGACACGCCUCUGGCUUGGAACCAUCCAUGGAACAAAGUAAUUUGUUGUUCAAUGAUGGGCCUGGAUUGGAAGAAAUGGGUAUUGAUAAAGACAGAGAACCUAUGCCAUCCACGUCUGGAACCCAACAUGAUACUCCCAUGGACAUUGACACUUCAGUCAGAGACGACGCGUUUGGAGCUAAUCUGGAUCAAAACAUAAUAUCUGGGGGAUUGUUUGAGGGAGGUUUAUUUGAUGAUGCACCCAUGGGUGAAGUCCCUCCUGUGGAUCAAAGUAUUCCAGAUCCUUCGUCACAACCGCUUCCGCCGUCAGUGGACAGCGAUGAUGACGGUAUGGAUAAUUUUGGAGGACCUCCAUCAGUUGGUGGCAACAGUUCGGAUGAUUCGCGGCCGACAUCACCUAUUGGUAUACCAGCGGUGCCGUCUCCUACCCCGACUGUCCGAUCACAACAACCCGAUCACCAAAAUGAGCCUCCACCAGCAGAAGAUCCACCACAGGAACAAACCACACUGUUACAGAAUGAAGAGGAGAGCUUUGCCUUGGCGCCCGUCGACGCGUCCGUAUUAAGAGAUCGAUUUGUUUUAGGAUUGGCAAAAUCAAAACGCAAACGGAAACUGAUUGUUGACGAGGUGAAGAACAUUUCUGGCGAGGAAAUGAAAAAUCAGUUAUCUGACACAAGUGAUAUAGUGACGACGCUAGAUCUAGCACCACCCACGAAGCGUCUUAUGCACUGGAAAGAAACCGGUGGUGUCGAGAAAUUGUUUGCUCUUCCCGCCCGACCUAUUCCUGCAAGGAUACUGUUUAAAAACUACCAAAGGCAUCUAACUUUGAGGGCGAUAGGGACGGAAGAUUUUGCGAUGCUGGGUGACGCCGAUUCCUUGGCCCUGGACCAAAUGCGGGAUGCCGAUGAACAUAGUGCCGUUGAACUUCCCACACCAGCCAGAAGAGGCAGGAAACGGAAGAAUGUUGAGGAACCCAGUCGAACACCACUGCACAUCCAAGAACCCGAAACACCUCUUAACUUCACUCAGCCACCUGAGGAUACCUUGGGCAUGAUGAUGCCGCAAACCCCUCUGGCUCCGCCCACACCUAUGGCACCUCCCCCUCUUAUGGCUCCACCAACACCGAUGGCGCCACCUACACCUGCCAUGAUGCAUAUGCAUCAUCCCGACGACCAGAUGUACCCGUCGACACCCGGAUACCCUGGAACGCCGGCACCGCCAACUCCGGGUUAUCCGCAAACGCCCGCGGGAUCAGGUUAUCCGAGUACCCCUGCCCCUCCGACGCCCAUGCACUCGAUAGACGAAACGAUAGAACUUUUACCCGCAGAUCAGGUUCGAUCCAUAUUAGAACAAGAGAAUAUGGGCAAUAUGCCUCCAAUGACGCCUGCCGCUCCGGAUGAUCUUUUAGGUGGGGCGACACCGCAUCACACUGCACUAGAUUCGAAUCUGCCUUUGGAACAGCUGGACAACUUUCAACAUCAUCUGCCUGCUAUGGAGAAUAUGGGAUAUGAUCAGAUGGCAAAUAUGGGCUAUGACGAGAAUCUCCCCGCUCAGACACCCGCUGGUGGUAUGUCAGAAAGGGUGCAUUCGCCUUGGCAAGGAGAUUACGAUUUCCCACAUUCGAACGAUCCUGCCGAUGAACAACAACAAGACGAAACCGACGAGCAGUUCGAAGAGCGUGUUCUCAACAAACGUGCUUACCAAAUGUUCACAGUUGUACGACAGAAGCUGCACCUCACCAAUCAAAUUACAUUAUCAGAGAUGUGUUACAGGAAUUCCAAGAAACAAGUUGCGCAAAAGUUUUAUAGUUUAUUGGUUUUAAAGAAAUUCCAAGUUCUUGAUUUAGAACAAGAAGAUGCCUACAAUGAAAUUUACGUUUCAAAAGGACCUAAAUUUGAUAAUCCAACAAUGUAAAUGAAUGCUUUAUUUAUUUUUUUUAUCUCUGAUUAGAUUUUUAUUUAGGUACUUUUGUACAAUGUCUUUAUAUAUUUAAUAUAUUUUUAAAAUGUUAAACCAUUGUAAAUAUAAUACUUUAUUGUUUUAAGAAAUAAGGGAACAAAGUAUCCGAAAUUUACACUUAAUUUUCAAAUGAUUACACCAAAGUUUUUUUUAUAAUAUAACAACAAAGUUGUAAAAAAUUUUUUUCAAAAUGUUUGAAAUUUGUAUGUUUUACGCACUCUAAGGUUAUAUUCACACAAUCUUUUCCAUUUUUAUUUACACCGCACCAAGUCAAUACUUUGUACAAUAUAAUUUUAUAGAAAACCUUAUCAAAACAUAAAAUUUACAUAUACUAAAUUGUAAAAUAGUUUAUAAAAUAUAUUUUUGCAUCGAGAAUUUUAUAUAAAAUGUAUGUUUAUCUAGAAAACUACAUUAAUUUUUAUUGGUUUUAUUUUUUUUAUGUACAUAUCAUAAUGGAUUUGAUUUAUUUUUUAAAAGACAUUUUAUUUCCUUACUCUUUUUUAUAUUUUGACUUUAUACAACGAUUUUUUUUAUAUAGCAUGUACAAUGUUUUAAGAUCUUAAAUUCAAUUUAAAAGAAGGUAAUUCUCUCACUUAAUUUUGCUUAUACCCUUAGAUAAGUUUCAAGGCUAGUUCAGUUAGCCCUUUCAACAAAAUAUUUUAUUUGUACAAAGAAACUGGCUAUCUGAACUAGCUCUUUAUAAAACUUACAAAUUAUUAUUCUGAAUUAGUCUUACUUGCUUAAACUUAAAUCUAAUAUUGAAGGUGUGAAGAAAAACUUAAACAUUUGUAAAUAAUGAUGCAACCUGUGAACAAUUUCUUCAAAUCUUUUCCUGAUACCAAACGUUUAAGCAAGUGCGACAGUUUGAAAUUCGCCGCUCUCAUGUGUCUGUAAUUUCCUAUUUAACCAAAGUUUGGUAAUGUGGGAAAGGCUAAUGUUAACAUGGGGUGUAAUAGGCGGUAUAUUAUGUACAAUUGUUGAUAUACAAAGUCAUCUUUUACAUGUGGACGAUUUCAAUACCUUUUUUUAUCAUGCAUGUAUUCAAUAAUAGAGUUUAAAGAAUCGAAAGAUAUUGAAUACCCACAUGUUUAAAGGAGGGCUUUGUAUAAUAUGAAUUAUUUGUAUUAUAUUGUUAUUUAUUUGCAUAUGUGUUAUCAUGGAACAUAUUAUAAAUAACAAAUAUUACGUUUUUGUCCAGUUACUACAGCAUGUUAAUUUAUAUUAUACAUUCUUGUAAAUUUCAUCCUUAUUUAGAUCUUAGGAUUAAUUAGUGUAAGAAGAAUAUAAUUAAAGAAGUAAUAUUUAAUAUUGUUACUACAUUGAUAGUGUUUAUAGUAAAUUUGCAACUGGUAAACUCAAUGUUUAUCUUUGCAGUUUGUAUUAUCAAAAUGCUAGAUUGUCUUUUUUAAAACAAUUGUUUGUAAAAAAAUAAAAGGAAACUUUAAUAA